ACUUUUAAGACGCAAAGAAAUACCUAAUCAUUCCGCCACCAUCAACAACAGAUCAUACUUUGACCAUGAUGAUGCAUCAUCGAAGUAUAGCACUGAAUACAUUGAGGAAAUACCAUCGUCUCCCACUAUUGUUCCUGAGACGAGGAUAAAGCCGCCAGGUCAUGUGUGGAUGGGAUUUGGAAAUUACGGCAUCCCGAGAACUCAUUCUCAAAGAGUUAAUUAUCCGUUACCGCCAAUGGGCAGGCAUAAUAAAGUUAACGCUAUGUCUGUUGAAAAACCGCGAGUUUCUAUGGCUAACUAUGAUAAUAUGGAGAGUAAUGAUGGAGAAAGAAACGGUGAAGAGAUGGAGGAAGAAGAUGAUAUCCCUUAUGAUCAUGUACGUUAUGGACAAUUUGGUUAUAAAGCGGUGAACAGUAAUGACGAAGAUAAAGUUAACGUUAUGUCUGUUGAAAACCCGCGAGUUACUGUAACUAACUAUGAUAAUAGGGAGAGUAUGUCGGGAUUCACGGUAACGUAUACCAAUGAUGGAGGAAGAAACGGUGGAGAAUUGGAGGAAGAAGUCCCUGAUGGAAGAUAUAACCAUUAUGAUAAUGAACGUUAUGGGCAAUUUGGUUAUAAAGUGGUGAACAGUAACAAUGAAGAGUUUGAGCCAGAUGAUAGGAGUUAUAAAUAUCAUGAUAAUGCACGUUACGAACAAUUGAAUAAAACGGUGGACAGUAGGCCGCAAAGUCCAGAAUAUCCGGAAUAA